AUGGCAUACAACGCGCGAAUGAGUAUCCUGCCCACCCAGCAGCAGUCCCGCACCCGCAAGAAGGAAGAGGAGGCCGAUGCCUUCAUGCGCCUGUCGGACAAGGAGAUUGUGGGGUGCAUCACCGAUAUUGGCAUCAACUUCACCGUCGCCGACCUCCAGAAGCCGAACCCCGUGCAGGUGCAGAUGAUAUUCGAAUGGUUCGCCGAGCUUCUUCUAAAUGCGACGAGAGAGAUUAUCGAGCCGGCGAUGCGCGCCGGCGCCGAGGAGGUGUGCGGCGAAUACUCGGACAUCAUCCCCGCCGAUACACGCAACCUGAUGGGCUUUUAUGUGUCGCUUCGGAGGUUGCUGUUGGAGUGCGGGAUUAACGAUUUCUGCUUCGCCGACCUAUACCGUCCGAGCCACGAGCGCCUUGUCAAGAUCUUUUCGUACUUGAUCAACUUUGUUCGUUUCCGGGAGAGCCAGACGUCCGUCAUCGACGAGCACUUUAACCGCUCCGAAACUACCAAGACGCGAAUUGAAACCCUCUACGCCGAUAACCAAGACAAGGAGGCCCAGCUAGAGGAUAUGCGACACAACCGCAAGGCGAUGGAGGCCCAGGUCCGGGAGAAGACGAUGAGGAAUGAAGAACUUAAGCAGAGACUACUAGAGCUCCGGCGCAACCAGGAGAGGGUCGCGGCGCGACUAGAGGAGGCCAAGAUCAGGAAAAACGAGCUCGCGACGAUGUUAGAGGAAAAGACUGCCGCGAAGCUCGCGAUGAAACAAGAGAGUCAAAAGCUCAGGCCAUACGUCCUCCAAAGUCCCUCGGCGCUUCAGGCCAGUUUGAUGGAGUUGAGCCAAACACUAGCCGCCGACAGAGCGCAUAUCGACGCCCUGGACCGACGCGCACGAGGGCUUCAGACUUCGGCCAACUCAUUCUCCGUGGUGUCAACGGACGUCGCCUCGUGCAUCAAGAUGCUCGACGAUAUUUCCACGGAGCUCGGCAAGGAAGAAGAGGAGAACGCCAAGAAUUCCAGGCAGCGUGAGGCCCUCUCGGAGAGGGGGAACAAUGUCCGCGCCGUCGAGAAGGAAGAGAUUGCCCUUCAACGCCAACUCUCCCGGUGGAACGAGCGAACUGAGAAGCUACGCGAACAGAGCGCGUUGAAGGCCAAGGAGGCGAAGGAGAAGAUGGAGGAGCUUCGAGCGACGCACAAGCAGCUGACUGAGGAGCGGACCGAGAAGUCGAAGGAGAUGGAAAGGCGGAGAGUAAGAAUCGAACAAACAGAAAAGAAGAUGUUGGACCUCAAGGAAAACAUCGAAAACGAAGUGCAUAGCGCUUAUGACGAAUACCUAAAAAUGGAGGCCCAUAUUAAGUUGUACAUUACUGAGAUGGAGCAGGCCAUUUAG